GCUCAAAAGAUUCUGCGCGGAAGGCAAAGAUUCUACGUGACGUCACGUAGAAUCUUUGCCGUCCGUGCGACAUCGAACGGCAUUUUGGGCCCGGACCAAGGCUAUAUAAACCGCCCGGACAGCAUAGAAUCUUCGCCGUCCGGGAGACAUCGAACGCGGGCUAAGUUAUGUUCCAAAACAAAUACACAAAUACAACGCGACGCAGAGAGAGCGGCGAAUGUGGGUUACAUGGGUGGCUUACUUACUGAAUUUACUUUACUUAAUUUAUUUUGAAGCGAAUUUAUAAAACUACAGCAACAGAUAAGUGAACAAUUGGAUUGAUAGACUCAGCUCUGUCACAGUUUUAUUGAAGAGGCAUCACUUCAAACAUGUCUUACGAAGUGGACGACGACUACAGCCGCUCCUAUGUGGGCUCCUACCCCAAGGACUUUUGCGGCCCGGAGGAGGACGGCGACAUCUUCGGCACCGUCGAGAUGAAGCCCAAGAUCCUGCUGAUGGGCUUGAGACGGAGCGGCAAGUCGUCGAUUCAGCGGGUGGUGUUUCACAAAAUGUCACCGGCCGAGACGCUCUUUCUCGAGUCGACCAACAAGAUCGUCAAAGACGACGUGCCGCACUCGUCGUUCGUGCGCUUCCAGGUGUGGGACUUCCCCGGCCAGAUCGACUUCUUUGACAGCUCAUACGACACGGAGCUCAUCUUCAGCGGCUGUGGCGCGCUCCUGUUUGUCAUCGACGCGCAGGACGGUUACACGGACGCGCUGAACAAGCUGCAGCAGACGGUGAUCCAGGCCUACAAGGUGGACCCCAACAUCAAGUUCGAGGUGUUCAUCCACAAGGUGGACGGCCUGUCGGACGACCAGCGGAUCGACAUCCAGCGCGACAUCCACCAGCGCGCGCACGACGACCUCCUGGACGCCAGUAUGGACAACAUCCACUUGAGCAUAUACCUGACAUCAAUAUACGACCACAGCAUAUUCGAGGCGUUCAGCAAGGUGGUGCAGAAGCUGAUUCCCGAGCUGCCCACGCUGGAGAAUCUGAUGGAUAUUUUCAUCUCGAACUCUGGCGCUGAGAAGGCGUUUCUGUUUGACGUCAUCUCCAAGAUCUACAUCGCCACCGACUCGUCGCCCGUGGACAUGCAGUCUUACGAGCUGUGCUGUGACAUGAUUGACGUCGUCAUCGACCUCUCCUGCAUAUACGGACUGAAGGGCGACAACGACGGCGGGUUCGACCAGCGCAGCUCGAGUAUCAUCCGGCUCAACAACUCGACCGUGUUGUACCUGAGGGAGGUGAACCGCUUCCUGGCGCUGGUCUGCAUCGUCCGGGCAGACAACUUCAGGAAACAGGGUCUGAUUGACUACAACUUCACAUGUUUCCGGAAUAGCAUACAGAAGAUCUUCGAGCUGCGUUCACGACGCGGCCGCCUGGCGGCGCUGCCGUCGGUCGGUGCCAAGAUAGAUGGCGCUAAUGGCGAGGUGUGAGAGUACGGCUGCGAGGUUCUGGGACUGGUGCUGUAUAUUGGUCUGUAUGUAUAUCACUGUAACGUACUGCGCGUUUGAGAUGUAUAUCGGUGUAUAGCGACGAAUCAUGGCGCGCCGCGGGCGGCAGGGAGGUGCAGUUCCUAUUUACGGAGCCGCCGCGGGCCGAUCUGCAGCAGGGGUGCUCGAACGGGAGGGACUCUAGUCGCCCACUCCGGGCCACAGUCUCAACCCGGUACACGGGCCUGGAGGGGCGGCGAGGACGGGUCCUGGUUUUAUAAACACCUCACGUGUUCAUAUGGUCGUGAUAUGAUAAUAUAUAAUGCUUUGUCAA